AUGUCAGAUGAAGAGGACUCCUCACCCGACUGGGCACUGAUUCCGAGCAAUAAUCUACCAGUGCUCGGCAUCAAACGUCUUAAACAAAUCGAGACAAUGUUUGUUUCCCGCAGACUGCAGGGUCCUACGCACGGCCUAAGUGUUGAAACAUUGUUAGACGUGCUUCUAGUAUUGUAUGACGAGUGUUGUAACAGCAGUCUUCGACGGGAAAAGGCGGUGGCCGAUUUUAUCAACUAUGUGAAACCCGUAGCAGCGGCAUUGAAGCGACUAAGACUCUCCCGUGACGACUUUGAAUUGGUGAAAGUGAUAGGUCGUGGUGCUUUCGGUGAAGUGUGCGUCGUUAGAGCUUCAUUUAUGCAGAAUGGCGAAGGAAAUGGUGCGGCCGGAGUGACAAGUAGUGAAAGGGUGUAUGCCAUGAAAAUACUCAACAAAUGGGAGAUGCUUAAGCGCGCAGACACGGCGUGUUUUCAAGAAGAAAGAGAUGUUCUGGUGUUCGGUGACAGAAGAUGGAUAACAAACUUGCAUUAUGCCUUUCAAGAUGACCAUAAUUUGUAUCUCGUUAUGGAUUACUACUGCGGCGGUGACCUGCUGACACUACUCUCAAAAUUCGAAGACCGACUCCCGGAAGACAUGGCCCGUUUCUACAUCACUGAAAUGGUGCUGGCUAUACAAAGUGUUCAUGAGCUGAGAUAUGUGCAUAGGGAUAUUAAGCCAGAUAAUGUUCUAUUAGACGCCAGUGGACAUAUCAGGCUUGCUGAUUUUGGAUCCUGUCUCCGUUUGGGAGAUGAUGGAAAGGUACAAAGCAAUGUGGCUGUGGGAACUCCAGACUACAUAUCACCUGAAAUAUUGCGGGCAAUGGAAGACGGCCAGGGACGGUAUGGUCCUGAGUGUGAUUGGUGGUCUCUUGGCGUGUGUAUGUACGAGAUGUUAUUCGGUGAGACGCCGUUCUACGCCGAGUCGUUAGUGGAAACAUACGGAAAGAUAAUGAACCAUGCGAGGUGUUUCCACUGUCCACCCCAGGACGAACAUGCGGCACAGGUCUCUGAGGAAGCGCAAGAUUUAAUUCGCCGGUUGAUAUGUGCGUCUGAUACGAGAUUAGGAAGAAAUGGGAUUCAGGAUUUUAAGAAUCACCCAUGGUUCAGUGGUGUGGAAUGGGAGACGGUUCGAGAGGCAAGCGCACCGUUCGUUCCCGACGUGGCCAGUCCCACUGACACAUCCAACUUUGAUGUAGAUGACACGGAUAUAAGUUCUCUUGUCUAUGGUUGGUCCUUAGAUGAUUAUCGGAAGCUGUUCCCUCCGCCAUCAGCAUCAUCAGCGUUUUCUGGUCUCCACCUGCCAUUCAUUGGAUUCACCUUUACGGCUGGAUCGAGAUUGUCCGAUCUCGGUGCGCCUACGCCGCUCAGCCCUGCCAAGAACGCUCCUAGUCAGGUAAAUGAGGCUCCAUCAAACGCGGGAGAUCGCGCCGCUUUAAAAGCGUUAGAAUGCGAAAAUGCUCUACUAGCUCAAACGAUAGCUGAACUACGGGCCAGUAGUCAAGUAGACGGUGCUACUGAUCAAUUAACUCUUUUAAAAGAAGAGUUAGCGGCAUUACAGAAAAAGAAUAGCGAAUUGGAAACUUUAACGACAUGUGAAAAUAAUGUAACCGUUUCACCGGACUUGUCAUCGGCGCCUCAAGAAUUAGUAGCGAAGUUGCGUGAGCUCGAAACAAAGAUAGAAGGAUUAAAUACCGAGAAAGAAGAGCUGAUGAAGGAUAAAACGGACUCCAUUGAGAAAUUACGGUUACAGGAUAAAGAGCUUAGAGACGCCCUUACCCAACGUAAACUAGCGAUGACUGAAUAUAAUGAGGUCACAGAAAAGUUGUCGGAACUUCGGCAGCAGAAGCAAAAACUGUCGCGGCAGGUUCGCGAUAAAGAGGAAGAGUUGGAUGUAGCGAUGCAAAAGAUUGACGCGUUGAGACAAGAUAUCCGACGAGCGGAUAAAGGAAGAAGGGAACUCGAAGCGAGACUUGAGACGGCUGUCGCUGAAGCCACUAAGGAGCGCAAAUUACGCGAAGAGUCCCUACGCCUACAACGCGUGGAAGCGGGUGCUUCGCCCUCGUCCACUCAGCCCUCUGCUGCCGCCGACGUCGCUAAGUUGCAGGCCGAUAUUGAGACUUUGGAGGCCCAGUACGCGGAAUCCUUGGCUCAACAGCAAGCACGGUAUUCCGCAGAAGUUAACGCGCUGAGGGAACAACUUCAUGAGACUGAUGCUCUACGAUCCAUGUUGAACAGAGAGCUCCAAACUUCUAAGACUGACAGCGAAGACAAACAGAUGCUGAUAAAUGAGAACAGAAAACUCGCUAAAGAUCUUGAUGCUAUGGCGGAGAACGGGCGUCGUUGGCAAGCGGAGAGGAGACAGUUAGAGAUGGAGUUGGAAGAGUUUAGGUCGAAGAGAGAUACAAUGCAACAUUGGGAGACACAGAUUGCAGACAUAAUAAGAUGGGUGGCUGAUGAGAAGGAGGCCCGUGGUUACUUGCAAGGCAUUGGCAACGAAAAUGACCGAGGAGUUAGACUAUUUGAAGCAUGCAUCGGCAACCCGAACAUCCGGUCCCGUGUCACCUGGCGGGGUUACUUCCGGUCCCGGUGCUGGUUCCGGAUGGAGAAAUAG